AUGGGGAAUUUUGGUCAAUUACCACCUGUUGGUGAUAAGCCAAUAUAUGUUUCAGGUAAUGAAACAGUAGUACGUGACAAUGGACAUAGUCUGUAUCUGAUGUUUGAGUCUGUCAUUAUUUUAGAUCAAGUUAUGCGUCAGGCUGGUGAGGAGCCCGAGGCAGUUGCCCUUAGCGCCUUGCUGAUGAGAAUGCGAAAUGGAGAAGUGACAGAGGAGAACUGGAAAUUAUUGUUGGAGCAUUCAACAACAAAUGUAACAAUGGAUCAAUUCACUGAUGCCAUCCGAUUGUACUUUGACAAGAAAAGUGUUCCUGAAUACAAUUAUGAGAAGCUAAUGCAGCUUGGACAACCUGUUGCUAAAACUCAGGCAAAGCACUCUGGUCAUGGUGCCAGUGCGGCCACGUCGAACGAAGCUGGUGGAUUGGACGCUGUACUGUUUUUAUCCACAAAAGCAGAA